UAUUAAUUUUAUUUUGGUAGAUUGUAGGGUUGUACUGGAAGUGCUGGUUCUUCAUCGCUGAUUUGUAGCUUCGAUUUGAGGAGACUUCAAACCAAUUGCAGAUGAGAAAGGUGUAGGUAACGGGCAUGGCGUUGCUACGAGCAGUUAGCUCAAAUCUGCCGGGAUGCAGGAGCGCGGCGUUUACCACUGCUUUCCGUCAGCCUUGCCGUUUUGGCUCUCAUACCAGUGGCGAAGAGCAGGCCUAUCGUGAACUUAUUGCUGCACGGACAUCUCCAGAGCUUGCCAAUGCACAGCCGAAAAUCUCUUUCCAGACACAAAUGAAGUCCUGGUCACAAGAAGUGGAAAUACAGAAGUACAAACUCUCACCAGAGCAAGAAAUUCUCUUCAGAUUUGAAGUGAACGGUAGCAUGACAGGUAUUCGAAUGCACGAGAAGCGCAUCACCCGCUGGGCAUCUAUGAUCAAUGGAAUGAUGAUCUCAGAUGCUAUUGCUCAAUGUAGUGGUACAUUCAAGCGACCUGGAAAUGCGAUUGCUCAGCUGCUGAAGCGAACGCAGGCUGCAGCGUCGCCGAGAUAUGCCGGUCCCGACAAGACCAACCUCUAUAUCCAUCGUUGUUACACAUCCAAGGGUGUGUGUCGGCCGUUCAUCCGCUAUCACGGAAGGGGUCGCAUGGGCAGAGCACACAUACACUACUGCAAUCUGUUCCUGGAGCUCAAGGUGCCGAUCAGAGAAGUGCUCAAGUGGCGCUUUGACAAGCAUCCGACCAUACCUGAGAAAGAUCAUCCGACUCUGUACGUGCCUACUGCACCGACAUAUCUCUUCUAACACUAACGUGCAGCUGUAGGAAUACUUGAUUUACUUUGCACCUCUCUGUUAGCUACACUGUGGCGGCCAGUUCUAGCUAACAGGACAUGCUCGCUUGGCUCACUCCUGACAUCAGUUGAUACUCAUCUCUACCGGACUGAAUUGACUCACCGCAUGGAGUCGUCAAGUACUGAUUCACCCGUGUCGCCGUUAUUUCUUGCCGACUGACUGAGAAGUGUGUUCUCGAA